GCCUUCUCCUUCCUCUCUCUCUCUCUCUUUCUCUCAUUCCCAUGGCGGCGGCGGCGGCCUCCUCCUCCUCCUCCUCGGCGGCGGCGGCGGCGACGCCACAGGGGGUGACGGAGCGGCGGGGCAUCCCGGCGGCGUCCUUCGUCGAGGACGUCGAGACCUACCUCCGCCAGGCCGGGCUCGACGUCAACUCCGGCCUCGCCUUCCUCCAGGAAAGGCUACAGCAGUAUAAAAUAGUGGAGAUGAAACUUCUAGCGCAACAGAGGGAUCUUCAGGCGAAAAUUCCUGAUAUUGAGAAGUGCUUGGAUAUUGUUGCGACUUUACAAGCUAAAAGGGCUCUGGGUGAGGCACUCACUGCUGAUUUUGAAUUAUCCGAGGGGAUCUACUCCCGGGCAAAAAUUGAGGACACCGAUUCUGUGUGCCUAUGGUUGGGUGCAAAUGUAAUGCUGGAGUACUCCUGCGACGAGGCCAAUGCCCUCCUGAAAAAGAAUCUGGAGAAUGCCAAGGCCAGUUUAGAAGUCCUUGUUGCUGAUCUCCAGUUCUUGCGGGACCAGCAAACCAUCACUCAGGUUACAAUUGCCCGAGUGUUCAACUGGGACGUGCACCAACGGAGAAGCAAGCAGGCUACCAGCCAAUGAGAUCGCCACAUUUUUGUACUUCUUACCAACCUCAGCCAGGCAGUUUAGUCCAGCGUAGCGUGUGCCCUUUGUUGGCGCCUUAUUGUGUAACAGUAUAUCAAGGUUUCUUUUUUAUGGUGUCUGGAUGAUUGGAACUCCGUUGCGAGUAGAAGUUUGAGUUGCACAUCGGUUUUGACUGCUUGCCGUCUUUCCUCGUUUGAUUGAACAUAUUUUCGAGGAGCAAUAUAUCAUCAUUCUUAGAA